AUGUCGCUCAAGGAGAAGGCCAACGCUCUCAGACGGGAUGUUGAUCGCCUUCUUGCAGCAGGAGGUGAUAUGGCCAUCCCAGUUCUCACAGCCAUUAACGUCGCAUCCGAUGUAUUCCCGCCCCUAAAAGGUCCCGCUAGCGCCGCCCUCUUCAUCUUCAGUGAGGUCCAAAAAUUCAAGUCAGAUAAGGAGGAAUGGAAGGAAUUUGGGAAAUAUGUGGUUGAUAUUGUAGCGGAUGUGCUAGCGGCGAUCGAACCCUAUGACACUUCAACGGAAGAGGCAAAACCUUGGCUAGAGAACGUCAAGAAGCUGGACAGCGCGCUAAAACAGAUCAUUGCCGAAAUCGUGCCAAUGCUCGCAAAAAUGAAGAAGCGUCACGCUGUUACCAACUACCUCUCACUGCUGAAGCAUCCGGGAAGGAUUGAUGACUUCAAGAAAGUUCUGGACAAAGCGUUGACAUCAUUUCAGUUGAGAACUAACCUAACAACUGGUGCCAUACUAACAAACAUAGCAAAUAACCAAAGCCAUUUGGAGAGUGACUCGGUUUUGAGUGGACUGCGAUAUCCGACCAUCGCCCAUCAUGACCCAGAUGAGGCGUGCCUGGAGGGAACCAGGACAGACCUCGCCAACGAUAUCAUGACCUGGGUUCGCAACGUGGAGGACGGGGAGAAGCAGGUGAUGCUGCUGACAGCUGUGGCCGGGGCUGGCAAGACUUCCGUUGCCCAUUCAAUCGCAGAGAAGUGUGAGAGCGAAGGGCUGCUGCUGUUGACGUUUUUCUUUAAGGCAGGCGAGCAGUCGCAGCCGGACCAUUUGUUUAGCAGCAUGGCCCGAUCUCUAGCAACGCGUGACCACUCAUACCGCGCCUCUGUUAUAUCCAUUCUCAAAGAAGAUCCAGCCCUCAUGACUGCGUCCUUCACCGUGCAAUUCGAGAAGCUCGUGGCUAAGCCUCUCCGCCUGAGGGGAUUGCCUGCAGGCGGUCCUCUGGUGGUAAUUGUUGAUGCUUUGGACGAGUGUGAGCCGCGAGACUUCGAACGCCUUGCCGAGAUACUUCGGAAGGAAGUGCCAAAAUUACCAUCCACCAUCAAGUUCUUUGUGACGUCGAGACAAACUCAUCUCGUGGAUCGUCUUCUUUCACCCAAUUUUCCCAUCGACCGACUUGGCAUAGACAUCUUGAAUAAUGCCAAUAAACAAGACUGCUCUGUUUACAUCCGCGCGCAGCUGCGUUGUCUAAAGGAUGGUCAUUCAGGUCGGGGAGAUGAAUUUGAGGAAGACUCAUUGGUUCAAGACCUAUCAGAAAAAGCCGGUGGCUUGUUCAUUUGGAUCAGCACUGUCUUCCGCUGUGUUAGACUGGCCAAAAAGCCGAGGAAAACGCUGAAUAAGCUGCUCAACACAGGUGCCUUUCGAUCAAUGGAUUCUCCUGAAGGAGUGAUGGGUACGUUGUAUACGGCCAUUCUGGAAAAAUGUGAUUGGGAGGAUGAAGAUUUUGUGCAUGACUACCCCAUCGUUAUGGGGGCGAUUCUGAUUGCCGAACAACCGCUGUCUAUCGCGGCGUGGGAUGCAAUUCUGUCGCCGUUCUUAAACUCUUCCAUCCAUGACACGUUGGUUGAACUUGCUCCCCUCUUACUAGGGAUUCCCCAUUCCGACACACCAAUUCGCAUCAUUCAUCAGUCGUUCCGUGACUUUCUCAUGGGCCAAAUCGGUCCCAAAUCACUUGUGCAUCAUCAUUACACGGUGGAUACGAGAGAGGUGAAUGCCAAGAUAGCCCUGCGCUGUACCGAGAUCUUGAAUAAGGAUCUUUGCUGUGUGGAGGGUUUGGGGCUGAUCGAAGAUCUUCCCGAAAAGGAUGAAUUGCCACGCAUAUCUCAAGAGAUGCAGUUGGAACAACUCCGUUACUCAUGUCGGUAUAUCGUGCACCACCUCAAAACUGUUCUGGAGCCACAAGAGGUGCUCAGUGGAUCGGUUCUCACAUUUAUGAAUCAACAUGUAGCACGCUGGGUGGAGGUUUGUGUGAGAACAGAAGGGUACAUCAGUGUAUCUUCAUUUCCCAAGUGGGCUAAGUUGAACGUUGAUCGGAAUUCAAAGAAAGAUAUUCACAAGUUGAUCCAAGUACUUGACAAAGUGAGACAAAAUCUGGCAUUCUUUUCAAGAUUUCAGGAGGCACAUGAGUUGGCAAAGGAUUCCGUAACCCUCUGCCGUUGCCUUGUGUCGGCAGACUCAGAGUCCUACAUCCCAUAUUUGGCUCGAUCACUCAAUGGUCUUGACGUAUCAUUGAAUGAUUUGGGACAUCAUUCCGAGGCACUCCCGGUGAUUGAAGAAAGUGUGAACCUUUGGCGUGAGCUCGUUGCUAUUGAUCCGAUGCUAUACACUCCAGAUUUGGCUCGAUCACUCAGCACUCUUAUGAUAUCAUUGCAUAAUCUGGGACUUCAUUCCGAGGCGCUCCCGAUGAUUGAAGAAAGUGUGAAGCUCUGGCGUGAGCUCGUUGCUAUUGAUCCGAUGUUAUACACACCAGAUUUGGCUCAAUCGCUCCACAAUUUUUACGUAUCAUUGGAAAAUCUGGGACGUUACUCCGAGGCGCACCCGAUAAUUGAAGAAAGUGUGACGCUCCGGCGUGCGCUUGUUGCUAUUGAUCCGACAUCAUACACCCCAAAUUUGGCUCGAUCGCUCCAUAAUUUAAGUGUAUCAUUGGAUAGACUGGGACGUCAUUCCGAGGCGCUCCCAGUUACCGAAGAAUGUGUCAAGCUCUGGCGUGAGCUCAUUGCUGUUCAUCCCAUGUCAUACAUCCCACAUUUGGCUCGAUCGCUCAACUGUCUCAAGAUAUCAUUGGAUAAUCUGGGACGUUAUUCCGAGGCACUCUCCACAAUCAAAGAAUGUGUCAAGCUCUGGCGCAAGCUCGUUUCUGUUCAUCCCACAUCAUACAACCCCGAUUUGGCUCGAUCACUCCACAAUCUCGCUCUCUCAUUCGAUUACCUCAAUUGCCCCACCGAAGCAGUUCCUUUCAUCAAAGAAUCCAUUUCUCUUUGGCGUUCUCUACACAUUACUCAUCCGACCUCAUAUGCCGCUGAUUUAGCCUGGGCAUUGCGGGAUCUAUCCAGGAUACUUUCACGCCUGGGGCACUAUGCAGAAGCAUUUGAUAUCGAGGAAGAGGCGAGAUUAUGCUCUCAUCAGCUUCGUUCUGAAUACCCUGACAUCUAUGCAAAUUAUCUUCGAGGGUUAUAUGCCGAUAUGGCUGCUCCGUUGGAAGGUCUUGGAAGGGGUCAUGAGUUAGCAGAUAUACGCACUCUCAUGCAAAAUCUAUGA